GUCACAAACAUACAUAAUUGUAUUGGUCCUUGUAAACCAUCUUCUACAUAUAAAAAUGGCGGAAACUACCAUCAAUUUUGGGUCAAAGAAGAUUGCAGUUGUUACUGGAGCCAACAAAGGGAUUGGACUUGAGAUUAGUAAGCAAUUAGCUUCUAAAGGAGUUGGGGUGGUGUUAACAGCAAGAGAUGUGAAGAGAGGAACAGAAGCUGCUGAAAGCCUAAAGGCUUCUGGUUUCUCCGAUGUGGUCUUCCAUCAGCUAGAUGUAACUGCCCCAACUAGCAUUGCUUCUUUGGCAAACUUUCUCAAAACGCAAUUCAGAAAGCUUGACAUAUUGGUUAACAAUGCAGGAGUCCUUGGAUGUGUAUACCUCGCUGACGACAUAGUUGGGCCUAACGAUGUUAAACAAAAUAAAGUGCAAACUUACGAGACAGCGGCGGAUUGUUUGAAAACAAACUAUUAUGGAAUCAAGCAACUCACAGAAGCACUUGUUCCACUACUUCAAAAAUCUGAAGCUCCAAAGAUAGUCAAUGUCUCUUCCUCACGGGGACAGCUGAGACUUAUUUCAAAUGAGAAAGCAAAGAAGGAGCUAGGAGAUGUGGAUAACCUCACCGAGGAGAAAGUGGACAAGCUAGUCGAGGAAUUUCUAGAGGAUGUGAAGCAGGAUUCGAUAAAAUCCAAAGGAUGGCCUUUAGAUAUAUCUGCCUACAUUGUAUCAAAAGCAGCUCUUAAUGCUUAUACAAGAGUCAUGGCAAAGAAGUAUCCCCACAUCGCUAUAAACGCAGUUGGUCCAGGUUAUACCAAAACAGAUCUCAACAAUAAUACCGGGAUUCUCACAGUUGAAGAAGCUGCACUAGGUCCUGUGAAGCUGGCUUUGAUAGCCGAAACUGGAAUUUCAGGCCUCUUCUUUAACCGGAAUGAAGAGUCAACCUUUGAUUGAGGUCAAUGUGAUCUCGAUGAACUAGAUUAUUUUGAGUUUUAUAAGAUUUCGAAUCUAAAUCUUCCUGGUUGUUCGAUUUUUAGAAUAUGUUUAAUAAGUACAAAUACCCAUGGAGUUGGAACUAUAUUAUGAUUAUUAAACGAGGCACUAAGAUGUUUUAUAUUGAGAUUUGAGGACAAGAUGAUUGUUAAAAUCCUGUUACAAAUUACCAUUACUAUAUAAGAAGUAAAGAAGU